UAACGCGAGGCAGACGCGUCGAGUCUAGCGCGCGCUCCGAUCGCCGUGUUAUGUAAACCGAUUCAUCAUGAACUCAAAAACUCUUCUAUCGAGUGCAAUAUUAUUGUUGUUUUUUAAAAGUGCCGCAGGACAAAAAUCAUUGCAAAAUACACUAGUGGAUUGUCCAUCGCUCGAAAACGGUGACAGCUACACGCAAUCGGAGUUUCUGUCUCGACUCGCCCACGAGUGCCGUUACGACCGACUGCUGCUGCCCACGUAUCAGACCGGAGAACUCGUAUACGUACACGCCAGCGCUUACGUCUACUUCAUACAGCCAGCCGAAGCACACGAUUUGAAUUUCAAAUUGCAUUUCCUUCUUCAACUACGAUGGACGGACCCGCGGCUAGCAUACGCGUUGUAUUCACCGGAGCGGACCAAAAUCAUCGGAGAGAGUGAUCUCCGUCAGCGAAUAUGGGUACCUCACUUGUACAUGUCCAACGAGCAGUCUUCCAGUCUCAUGGGGACGGACAGCAAGGACGUGCUCAUUUCAAUUGCACCAGACGGAGAAGUGCUGUUUAGCCGUCGAAUGCAAGCUGUUCUGUACUGUUGGAUGAAUCUCCAGAAAUUUCCAUUUGACGAGCAAAAGUGCUCUAUGAAUCUCGAAAGCUGGAAAUACAAUGCAUCAAUAUUACGUUUAAUGUGGGAAAAGGACGAUCCAGUGCGACUGUCCUCGGAACUCCACCUAACAGAGUACUCAUUGUUGGACUUUUGGACGAACGAAUCUGUUGUUCGAGGCGAUAUAGUCAAUAUGCGUUUAGGGGGAGGUAGAUCCGGAAAUUACAGCGCUCUGAAAUUCACAUUUAAGUUGGGCAGAGAAGUCGGUUACUAUCUUAUGGACUACUUCAUCCCAUCGAUGAUGAUUGUUGCGAUGUCAUGGGUUACAUUUUGGUUGCAGGCCGAUGCCUCAGCACCCAGAAUCACAUUAGGAACAAGCACUAUGUUGUCGUUUAUCACACUUGCGUCGUCACAAGCCAAGACUCUACCGAAGGUCUCCUACAUUAAAGCCAGUGAAAUCUGGUUCUUGGGCUGUAUUGGCUUUAUCUUCUCUGCUCUAGUGGAGUUCGCCUUCGUCAACACAAUAUGGCGUAGAAAGAAAGUGGUGAACUUAAAGAAGGUGAACAGCAAGUACAUACUAAAGAGCACACUGACACCACGUCUGGCUCGCAAGGAGCUCCAGAAGGAAUUGCAAUCGUCACCGCAACUUACCAAGUCACGGUCCUGCUCCUCAUUACAACAAGAAACUAGUAGCGAUCCUGCUGGACCUGGAUACAAUAACUACCUCACUGUCCAUAGCUUCCCAUCUGCACUCAACUUACCCACGAUCACUACACAGAGCUACGACGAGCUCAUAGCAUCUGGAGGCAGACCACGGACUGCCGGCAGCGAAGGUUCCGACGAGCCGCCAAAACACCACACCUGGACACAGAUGACGCCGCAAGAGAUCGCCACCUGGAUCGACAAAAGAUCCCGCGUCCUGUUCCCACUUCUUUUCAUAUUCUUCAACAUAGUGUACUGGACAUUUGUCUAUUGUCUAUGAUUAUUAAUAACUUAUUUGCACUGUGUGCGAACACCAAAGUAUUACGACUUAAAAAUUAUAGCACGCACGAUACGGUGUGUUAUUAUAACUAUAGUUUCUGGGUUCUGUCGAUUGAGUAAGAUUCAUGGUUCGCUGAUAUGUGGGUACAUUUUUGGUCGUCAUGGUUGUUAUAAGCAAAUUCGUAAAAUGUGUCGAAUGAUCAUACCAAUGAAGUCUUAACAACUUAUUAAGUUGGCCCAAAAAAAGUUUAUUUUUAGAACCCAAAUGAUCUAUUUGUAUCCCAAUUCUCUGUUUACGUCUCGUCUUAUCUUAGUAAACGAUUACAUGCCGAUCAAAAUGCAUCUAUCAAUAGUAAUAUCAGUUCGAAAAAGCUGUUUGAGGAAUCAUGCCGGGUUUAAUACUUUUUAAAUCUUUAAAAAUGAAGUGAGUGAUGAUUUAAGUGAACAAAGGUUCCGAAAAUCAAAGUUAAUUUUUCUAACAUAAAAUGUUUAAACUAUUCUUACUGACAUAAUUGAAAUACUUAUCUAUAUAUAUAAAAGAGGAUGUUUGUAUAUAUGUCAUCGAUAAACUCAGAAAC